CCUUAAUUCAGUCUCUAACAAUUCUCCAAUUUCUUCAAAUGGGUGAGAAAAAGGAAAACAUCAAAGCAAAAGAUGAAGGCAUCGCUACUAUUCUGUUAAAGCUUGAUUUGCAUUGUGAAGGUUGUGCCAAGAAAGUCAAACGUUCUGUUCGUCACUUUGAAGGUGUGGAAGAGGUGAAAGCGGAUUACAGUACUGGAAAAUUGAUGGUGAAAGGGAAUGUGGACCCCUUAUGGCUACGAGAGAGGGUAGAAAUCAAGACAAAGAAAGAAGUGCAACUCAUCUCUGAUCAGCCCAAAAAGGGCAGUGGCGGUGGCGGUGGCGGUGGAGAUAGCAGGGGCGGAGGAGAUACAAAAUCCGAUGAGAAGGUUGAGAAAAAGGCAGAGGAGAAGAUGCCUGAGGAUGAAAAGCCCAAAAAGGCUCAAUUCAACACAGAGGUAACGAAGGUUCGGCUGCACUGUGAUUCCGGGCCUGCCCUAAAAGUGAAACGAUUUAUAAAGGAACUAACACCAUACUUGAAAGAUAAAUUGAAUCGGACCGUAGAUGUUCCCCCAAAGAAAGACGAUGGAUCAGGUGGCGACUAUAACAAGAAGGAGAAAGAACUUGCCAGUGGCGGCAAAAAGAAAGAUGGUGGAGGUGACAACAGGAAGAAGGAGAAAGAAGCUAGCAUUGGUGGCGGUGGCAGCAAAAAGAAAGAUGGUGAAUCUCCGGUGGCGCCAAGUAAAAGUACAGAGCCAAAAGAGCGAAAGGCAGAGGUGAUGAACAAAAUGGAAUACGAUGGUUACAAUAAUCCAAAUACGUAUUAUGCAAUGCCACCUAGGUACAAUCAAAAUUACUACAAUCAAGAUUAUGGCGUGGCAAUGCACAAUCAUGGUUAUGGUCAUACUGGCUAUGUGCCACCACAACAUGAUCAUGGUUAUGGUCAUACUGGCUAUGUGCCACCGCCACACGAUCAUGGUUAUGGUCAUCGUGGCUAUGUGCCACCACCACACGAUCAUGGUUAUGGUCAUACAGGCUAUGUGCCACCACCAUACUCUGCGCCUCAAUUUUUCAGCGAUGAAAAUCCUAAUGCUUGUUCCGUCAUGUGACAAGAUUACCAUCCAGCACCUUGUUGAUGGGAAGACCAGUUCAGCUAAAAUGUAAAUACAUCACUAGCUAUAUAUAUAUAUGGAGUUCAUACACAAAAUCAUACAUACGGGAUCAUAGUUUUUGUUUAGGAAUUGACAGGUUUUAGAGAAUCAGUGAAAGGGCAGGCUUCAGUUUAAUCUUCACAGAGUUCGCAGAGGAGUAGAGAAGACUUGUAGUCUGUGUUUGUGGCAAUUGUAUUCAUUGGAUUCUUGACCAUACAACUACUCUUAGGACAAUUUUCUGAGGUUGGUGUAUUUCUUCGUUUAGGCUUGUUAUUCUUUCUAGUUCUUGAUAAUAUAAUUCAAUUCUUUUGUGAAAAUUGUUUAACUCCGUGUAUCUUUCGUGUUCUUUUGGUACCAUUAUUUGUCCCACCUAAACAUAAGCAUCGACGUUUUAUCCAAAGGAGAACGAGAGACCACUUGGCGCACGCAGAUUUCUUUUGAUAAAUUACAAUAAUACUGGUAUUUG